GUUGACCUCCAGUUGAUCGAUAAACUGUUCCCUACUUCGGCUCUUCCCCGUAGUAAAUGGUGUUGUAAUAAAAGGCGCGCGUCCGGUGGAAAAUGUUAGUUGGUGAACACGGCACGCGCAGUUUGCAUCGUGGUCAGCGAAGUGUGUUGCUGAAUAAUGUCAGACCAAGACCUGGUAAACUCGGAGUUAUAUGAACAGGGCAGAGUUACGCCUCCCGACACAAUCCGUUUCCUACGUGCGAGGCAGAAUGGUGUGGUACAGCCACUACUUACAGAUUUAUACCAAAUUACUAUGGCCUAUGCGUACUGGAAGUCGGGGAAGGUGAAUGAUGUUGCUGUCUUUGAUUUGUAUUUCCGCAAAAACCCAUUCCAAGGAGAGUUCACAAUAUUUGCUGGGCUUGAAGAGUGUCUUUUGUUUCUGGAGAAUUUUCAUUAUUCAGAAAGUGACAUACUGUAUCUGAAGCAAACUCUCCCACAAACAAUUGAGCCAGAAUUCUUUGUCUUUCUGAAGAAUCUCACUCCGAGAGAUGUCACGCUCCAUGCCAUUGAAGAAGGGUCUGUUUGUUUUCCAAGAGUCCCAUUACUUCGGCUUGAGGGUCCCUUGAUCAUCGUUCAGUUAUUAGAAACAACGUUACUCACUCUUGUCAAUUAUGCAAGCCUUAUGGCAACUAAUGCUGCGCGCUAUCGAAUGGCUGCAGGGAAGAACAUCACACUACUAGAGUUUGGAUUAAGGCGAGCUCAGGGACCUGAUGGUGGAUUGUCAGCAUCAAAAUACUCAUAUGUUGGUGGAUUUGAUGGGACAAGCAAUGUUCUGGCUGGCAAACUGUAUGGCAUCCCAGUAAAAGGAACACACGCACAUUCAUAUGUAACGUCAUUUUCUGAUGUGAAUGAGCUCAAGAACAGAUUCUUGGCUCAUCGAACAACGGGCGUGAAGCAUGACAUGUUGCCGUUGUGUAUAGAAUGGAGAAAGAAAUUAUCAGCAUUGCUCGAUAUCUCUGACAAUGAAGCCUCUGAUGGUGAAAUGGCAGCACUUAUCUCCUUUGCAAUUGCAUUCCCAGAGGGUUUCACAGCACUCGUUGAUACGUAUGAUGUUAAGAGGAGUGGACUACUAAAUUUCUGUGCUGUUGCACUGGCUAUGAAUGACUUAGGAUAUCGUGCACAAGGCAUUCGGAUUGACAGCGGGGAUUUAGCUUACCUUUCCAAUAAAGCAAGAGAAAUUUUUGAAACUGUAGCUCAAAACCUGCAUCUCCCAUGGUUUGCAGAACUUAUGAUUGUGGCUUCAAAUGACAUCAAUGAAGAAACCAUUUUAAGUCUCAAUGAGCAAGACCACAAGAUAGACUGCUUUGGUAUUGGAACCCAUUUAGUUACAUGCCAGAGGCAGCCAGCUCUUGGAUGUGUGUACAAAAUGGUAGAAAUCAAUGGAAGCCCUAGAAUAAAACUUAGUCAAGAUGUGGCGAAGAUAACAAUGCCAGGAAAGAAGGAUGUGUACAGACUAUAUGGAUCAGAUGGGCAUGCGCUAAUUGAUCUAAUUAAGAGAUCUGUAGAGCCACCACCGGAGGUGGGUCACAAAGUGCUGUGCAGGCAUCCAUUUGAAGAAUCAAAACGUGCUUAUGUCAUUCCAACAAGAGUGGAGCCAUUACUUAAGGUUUGCUGGCAGGAUGGUAAAAUUUGUUGCCCUCUUCCUACACUCAGUGAGGUGCGAUCAAAAGUCCAUGCUUCUCUACGCACUCUGAGGCAGGAUCACAAACGAAAUCUGAAUCCAACACCAUAUAAGGUGUCAGUGAGCUCUGAACUGUACACCUUUAUUCAUGAGCUGUGGCUUCAGAAUGCUCCUAUUGGUGAGCUGUAUUAAAUGUAGUAUUGUUAUAAAAUAUUAUAGAAUGAGGAAGUUCAUGUGUAAAUAUGUUAAAAUUGUAACCAAGGGCAAUGAUGAUUUUUGGUAACAUACUGCACAAAGUUACUAUACUAAGAUAUUGCUCAGGCAUGGUAUCGGAACUAUAAAUAGUACAGAAUGUUAUUUUUAAACACUUCCUUUCAUACUCUAUACUGAAGAAAGUUUUAGCUGAGGCAGUCAUAUUUACCAGAAACAAAUUAGAAAGAUAGAUUUAAACUUCAGUUUUGGGGAAGCUUCUCCAGAUGAUUGCUAAAUGUCAGUGUCUGCAUCAUUUUGGGCAAAUGCUUUUGGAGAGCACACGACAUUGCUUUUCAAUCUUUUGCUUCUGUCUGCAUAGGUGCUUUGUGUAAUUUGGUCUAAGGAGAGAGUAGUGCAACAUUUGUUGAGCACUUGGAAAAAGAUCUUGCUGAUCAGAGUAGUUAUCAUCAUUGAUCAUGUAUUUUACAGAGCUUUAAUCACAUAGAUGGUGAAUAAAGUUCUCUUAAUUUUUGCUUAGAUCAUAAGUUGAGAGAGAGAGGUAAACUAUCUCAUCUGAGCUUCUGUCAUACUACUUAGUAUUUUAGCUCGGAGUUCUUGCCUAGGAAACAAGCUGUUUGCUUAUGAGUUGUAAUGAACAACUGCAUUGAACUGUGAAAUGGUAAUGUGAACCGACACACCUGAUUAUAAUAAAAACUGCCAACUGUUAUUAUAUUCAGCACAGAUACUUAGAUGAGCAAAACCUUAGUCAUAUCUGACACUUUUUUCCUUGGACAUCAACACUGUUAGCAAACCUCUGUUAAGAAACAUUUAUUAUGUACACUGUAAAUUACCAUUUAAAUAAGUCAUCCUGUAGGUAAUAAACACAUACAAAAAACAAUCAUGUGAGCACUUGGGCACAAAUGUGUUUCUGUCUAAACUGUGUUAAUACAAGUUUUAAUUUUUUGUAAAUUUUAAAUGUUGCAUUGUAUACUUUUAGAGAAAUGACAUAUUUUGUAAGAUAAGUUUUUAGGACAUCUGUUCUUGUAAUUUUGGGCUGUGAUGUGUGUAAAAACAUUUCUUAAGUAUUACAUUUUUGUUUUUUAUGUAGUUUAACUCUUUUUUUAACAUUAUGCAAAGGAUACAUUGCUGCUUGCCACAAACCUGAGGCAUCAAGCUGCAGACAUAUUCAAUGAACAGAAAGCUAAAAUAUUUAUGUUUUCAGACAAAUUCUUUCUUCUGAAGUAGAAAACUGACACACAAGUACAAUUCACAAAAACAUGGCCACUUCCUCUGGGCACUGAGGUACCUGAGGCAGUGGCCAUGUGUGAGUGUGAGUUGUACUUGUGUGACUGUGAGUUUUCUACUUCAGAAGAAGGAUUAUGUCUGAAAACGAAAAUAUUUCAGCAUUCUAUUUCAUUGUGCCUGCCUGCAGCUCAAUGCUUCCUGUACAUUGUGAGUGGCAAUCUAUCAUUUCCAUCUUGUCAUAUUCCAUCCUGGACCUUCCAUGUUCUACUCUUUUUUCGUCAUAUGUGUAUUUUCCAAUAUACUUCACUUUUUUGGUUGAAUUACAUAAGUAUUAAAUAACCUGUAAAUUAAUAAAUGGUAUGUUACUUAUGGAAUGUAACAUUCUGACUGAGGAUCUAUUACAACAAAGACACAAACAGUUACUGCAAAUCAUUUACUGUAAAUCAUUGAAGGUUAAUGUAGUUUUGGCGUAAGACAUGUUGUAAGGUUUACAUAAUAUGUAUUGAUUUGUAUUGAUUUUGUAAAAAUGUUCAGUAUAUGUACCUUGUAAAUUUAUGGCAGAAUAUACAAAUGUGAUAUUUUCUUUAUA